ACGUUUCGCGUUCGCGUCACUUUGUGUCGACAAGGGAGGACUUUGCCGAAAAUUUUCUCUGUGUCCACCCGCCGAGCGGAUUUUUUUAGUGAAAAACCCUGGAAAAAGUGCGACAAACAUCGUGAAAACGUGAAAACUCAACGCCCGGAACGUUUUGCAGCAACUGUUCGUGACGAAUUGUGGCUCGGCUGGACGGUGGAAGUGAAUUGAGUGGUCGCGCCGUGCAAGUGCUCUCGAGUCGGUCGUGGAGGCAAGGAAUAAUCCGAGAAAAGUGCAAAUUGGAGUGUCGUGACGGGAGCCAAGUACCGAAUUCUCGCUGGAAUUAAGGAAAUCGAAGGAGUUCGACUGGGGAGCCGCCAACUGCGGCUGGAUUACGUGUAAAUUUCGUGGGCAAUUGUGCACGGCGGUGGCGAGCCCGUGCAGGCCCGGAUCCCGUGCUGCGAAAUGUGUGAAGGGCUCUAGGUCGUCGGAACGCCCAAAGUGCGCGCCGCGGUUCGCCGCCGACUUGACGAGGAGCCCCAGUGGCCCCAGCGCGGAAAGUGCAAUCGGGAAGAUGUUCUGAGCGGAGCGGUUUGUUUUGCGGCGGAGUGCGACCUCUACGGGUCGGCGAGAGUGCGGUUGGCGCGCGUGCAGCCCGCGGCGGAGCUGGUCCUGCGGCUCGCCCGCCCAACGGAGUGAGUGUGGUGUGGUCCCUUUGUCGCCGCUUUGCCGUACGAGAUCAGCGCGGAUUCGAUUUCGAGUGUCUCCAAAGCUGCAACUGUUCUCCGUAUGUGAAUCUCUCAAUCCCAAGUUUUAAAAUGAACGGUUUGGCCCGAGGGCCGGGGCCCUGCGUCUCCCGACUCCAGAAUUGCAAUUCUUCACAACAGUCUUCGACAUUGUCCUCGAGAUUCUCCUUGUCUACAUCAAGUCAACUCUCAACACGUCAUAAAAAUAAUAAUUUAAAAAAAUAUUGUACGGGUCGUAAUCAAAUUGGAAAACUGGGUUCAAAAAAUCUUGUUUGUGUAUUGAAAGGUGUAGAAUCAUUUGUGUCGAAAUUGAAAUCAAAUAAUAUUGAACUCAUUCUAAACGACGAAGUGCUGCGUAUUGUGGGCCCGCUACAAGCGGCAGCCCUCCCGUUUUCGUCUGCAUGGAGUCAAUGAGACGUAGUGAGGCGAAUAGUAGCCACCACCCGAAUAAGGUGGCCGUCAACAGCUUACCAACGGAAAGCAAUAAACACUCGAGUGGUAGUGGUUCUUCAUCACUAAAUAAUAAUAAGUUAAGUUUUAAUCAGCAGCAACAAGCGUCGCAAUCGCAACAAAUCAAACAACAAAAUCAAGAGCAAAAUCAAUUGCAAAAAACCUCAUCGUCAUCUGAGUCUUCAUCAUCGUCAUCAACAACGUCUUCGUCUUCGUCGUCCGGUGCCUCGACUUCGAGCGAGUCGAAAGACACGAACUUCGAAUACGACGACAACGAGUGGGACGUUGGCGGAAUCGGUGAUCUAAUAAUUGAUUUAGACGCCGACAUAGAAAAAUCAUCAUCAACAGCGGCAGCAGCAGCAGCAGCGUCGGUCAGCGUUAAUUCGCAAACGCAACAAGCGUCAAAUCAACAAAUAUCGGCAAAUUUGCCAAGCGUUAGUAGCAAUAAUAAUAGCGGGGGUGGUGGCAGUAAUAGUACGUCGAAUCAAGUCUUAAAUGCUCACGAGAAAUCUCCAAGCUCAGCAUCAUCAUCGAGAUCGUCAUCGUCGCCAUCAUCACCAACAACUGUUUCGUCAAAAUCGUCGAGUCUCUCAUCGCUUUUUGCUCCGAUCCCUCUACGUGCGUCCGGAGGACAACAGCAGUCCAACCAGCAGCACUCUAAUCUGCAAAAACAAAGAGCAAGUAACACUUCUCCCGCUUCAUUCCAAUCAAGUGCUACUAAACUGAAUUCCAAAGUCAGUUCAACGAAAGCUUCCUCAAACCUGAAACUCCAGCAACCUGCACUCUUAGCACAACUAAAUAGCAAAUCCGCUGCUUCAGACCAUUCACGCUUCCCAUCCUCUUCUUCGGCGUCCGCGCAAUUAUCAAAUUCUACUUCUGUUUCUCGAAACUACCAAAGCAGCAGCGCGGGCAAUCAUCCAUUACAAGUUGACAGGCACGGAAAGUUGUUAACAGGCAUAGUCCCAACGAUGUCCUCUCAGCAGAGUGGAGGCCAGGGAGCUGGCAAAACUGCAACAAAAAUGUCAAUUGACCAUCAAGCAACUCUUGACAAAGGUCUCAAGAUGAAAAUAAAGCGCACGAAACCCGGCACUAAAACCUCGGAGGCAAAACAUGAAAUAGUAAAGGCUGAACAAAACGGAACGACGACAAAUGUCGAAGAUAACAAUAUCUCAUCGAGUAAUUCGUCCUCUUCUUCGUCAUCUUCCAGUGGAAAGAAACACAGCCAAAUGAAUUCUGCCGCGGUACAACCUAUCCAGCAAACCCAACAGCCCACAAAGCGAGGUAGUAGCGGUCACCGACGUGAUAAAACCCGCGACAAAACGCCACAUUCGCGAGACAAAUCGGAUCACGGAAGUGGGGGUGGAAGUUCCAAUAAUAGUAACAGUAGCGGCAGCAACAGUUCCUCCAGUUCAAAUGCAAAUAAUGCUUCGCAAAGUGAUCGUUCAUCAACCUCUUGCAAUUGCUCGCACGACAUCCAAGUGAACGGGGUCCAAGCGCCUUGCACAAAUGUUUCCUGUGUUCGGAGUCGGACACCCACAACAACAGUGGAUUCUGCAAACAGCAACUCAUUGUCUCAAAGAAUCUCUGCACCGUCUGCUGGCAGUCAGCAAUCGGGCAACACAACCGGAAACUCCCUUAGUGGGAAUUCUUCGUCAAAUUCCUCCUCGUCAAACCAUAGCACAGGCGGGGCUAAUUCAUCGAAUCUAUUUUCGAACAAUAACAGUUCUACAAAUGUUCAAUCUUCAAGUAGUGGCACGCCGAACGCUCCUGGUCCACCAAAGGACAAGCUGUCGUCCUCGAAUACCAGCAAUCUGCACCAUCAACAGCAACAGUCUUCGCCAGCAACAGUCUCAAAUUCCACAUCCUCCUCCAUGUCCAACAUCCAACAAUCGAGUCAAACUCACAAUUCCUCACCGGUUAUCCACAAUAGCAGCAACCAAAAUAGUUCGAGCGGGAACAGCUCUCAACAGCAAUCAAUAUCGGCAACAGUUCACCAUACGAUCUCGGUGGCCGCGAACUGCGACGAUAGAAGUUGCAGCCCGCCGGCAAAGAAGCCCAAAUGUGAUCCCAAAGACAUGAUUGAUAUCUGUGUCGGAACAUCAGUUGGUACUAUAACCGAGCCUGACUGUUUGGGGCCUUGUGAACCGGGCACCUCGGUGACGCUGGAGGGUAUCGUGUGGCAUGAGACUGAAGGUGGAGUUCUUGUGGUAAAUGUGACUUGGCGAGGAAAGACCUACGUUGGUACACUUUUGGACUGUACGCGCCAUGACUGGGCUCCUCCAAGAUUCUGUGAUUCACCUACUGAGGAACUGGAUUCCCGAACUCCCAAAGGAAGAGGCAAGCGUGGGCGUGGUGCUGCGCUGACUCCGGAUCUAAGCAACUUCACGGAAACCCGAAGCUCUGUACAUUCCAAAUUGCGGAAUGGCGCAAAAGGUCGUGGCGGACGUGCUGUCACAACAACAGGUGCUGCAACAACUACGACGACAACCAGUUCAACGACGGCAGCAUCAUCGACGACUUUGUCGUCGAGCAACUCGAGCAGCACGACCAGUUCGAAUACUCCGUCAACGUCGCCGACCGCUUUUCUACCUCCACGUCCCGAAAAGCGCAAAUCAAAGGAUGAAAGCCCAUCGCCCGUGAACGGGGAAUCAUCCACACAGCAAAGUAGUGGUCAAACCCAGAGCUUUGUCAACCCCGUGACUGGGUUGAAUGUUCAAAUCAACCCGAAGAAGUGCAAGACUGCUUCACCAUGUGCGAUCUCGCCGGUAUUGUUGGAAUGUCCCGAACAAGAUUGUAGUAAGAAGUACAAACAUGCCAACGGGCUCCGAUAUCAUCAAAGCCAUGCACAUGGAUCUGGGUCCAUGGACGAAGAUUCAUUGCAGCUGCCUGAGUCGCCGCGGAUCGCCCCACCCACCACACCAUCUCCUGCUCCGGCAACGACACCACAGCCGCAAAUUCCUACUUCAAAUGCAACUGUUGCACAAGUGGCGUCACCGACGGCAGCUUCUCCAAACUUAAUGUCGGCGACAGUUCCUUCCACGCCAUCUCUGCCGACAGUGCAGAGCGCAACAAACCCAGCAGCCGCUUCGACAGGUGGACUCCUGACAACAAUUCCACAAUCGGUGGCUCCAUCCAUACCGCAAUCCAAUGCCGGUCCAGCGGUGUCACUGUCAAGUCAAAUGCCACAGCAUCCUGUACCUGGUGGUAGCAUCACCUCGGGAAUUUCGGGCCAGGCGUUGUCGCAUCAACAGCAACACACAAUGCUUGUGGGUGCAGUUCCAGGUGCUGGACUAAUGGGAAGCAAUAAUCAAACCAUUCCGGAAGCUGGUCAACCACUUCUGUCCCAACAACAAGCGCAGCAGCAACAACAGCAGCAGCAGCAAGUUUUGGUGGCAAAUAGCAAUAUGGCAAAUGCUCCGUCACGAGUCGAUUCUCAAAUCAAGCCCAGUGUGCUGCGGUUUGGUUCACCUUCAGACAACUUGUCUGGUCCGCAAAAUAUGCUUCCUGGUCAGGGUCCCAUCAGACCUACGCCAACAGCCGCCUCGAUGGCUGCAAGUUCGGGUCCGCCAAGUGCUCCGGAAGGGGUUGGGCAUCAGCCAUCUUAUAAUCAAUCACCCGCCUCAGUUCAACAAGGUUUAUCAAAUAGUAAGCCGCAAGGUUACGGAAAACAGAAGAAAAAUCGUUCAAAGUCGCCUGUUCUUGGUGAAUAUGACAAUUCAACGUCACGUGAUAACGUCCAAAGCCCAGCUUACAGCGAUAUUUCAGAUGAUUCCACGCCAGUUGUGGAUAGCGAGAUAAGCGAUAAAUCACAACCUCCUAAGCAUCCGGAUGCCAAAAAAGUACCAGAAGGAGCGCCACCACAAAUUGCCUCAUUGGGAGGUUACAGCAUGUAUCCCUUCUACCCGCAACAACAGUAUAUGGUGCCACCUGAACAUCAGGGCCCCAAACCGCCGGUAUCGCAAUCUUCAUUGCAACCCUCAUCACCUGCCGAAUACAAUAAAUCAAAAGAUCCACCACUUGAUCUAAUGACAAAGCCCGUUCAGCCGAAUGAGCCACCAUCGAAGGAAUCAAAUGUACCUCCACAAAGCCCUGCAGGUCCAGGGCCUCAAAAUCCGAAUAAACCGAUACCGCAUUUCUAUCCGUAUAAUAAUUACAUGCCUCCUGGCUAUCCGUACAACAUGGAACCAAAUUAUGGUCCGAUAUCAAUGGUCUCCGAUGACAAUAAACUCAGCGCGAUUUCCACUGCUUCGCAUUCCAUGAAAGAAGAACGUAGCAAAGAAAAUCCUAGUCCAAGUGAGCAUGGAAAGAUACCAGGACAGAUACUACCAUCGAAGCUAAUGAAAACUGAACCAUCGGUGAAGGAAAUUAAAACCGAGCCUAGCAGUCACCCAAUGCAUCCUAAAGAGCCUCCGGUUCAAUCAAUGGGUUCGUAUCCAAGCAUGUAUCAGAGGCAUCCAGUCGGAGUUCCACCGCAACCGUCGCAACAUAUGUCGCGGGAAGAAGAUGUGAGAAGAUUUUACAUGUAUUCGGAUCAAAGGCGUCCAAACCUCUCGAACAAUCCACCACCAAAUGUUCCUCCAGUUUCUAUAAAAGAAGAAUCACCAUCACCUUCACAACCACCUAUGCAACAUUCAUCUGCGGGCAUCUCGCAAGGACAACAAAUGUCUCAAAUAUCCCAGUCGCCACAAAACCAGUCAUCGCAAUCGCAAAAUACAUCGCAACAACAGAAAAGCGUAAAAUCUAGUCUCUCCAGUUCACAGACAUCAUCAAGCCAGAAAGCUACAAAUCUGGUGAAAGAUACAAAAGAAGAUAAAGAUGUGAAAAUCAAACAGGAGGGACAAAAACCCACGAUGGAAACACAAGGACCACCGCCACCACCAACAUCCCAGUAUUUCCUUCAUCCGCAAUAUUUAACACCGAAUUUCAGUUUCGAUCCGGGCCAUCCGAUGUAUCGUAACGUUCUAAUGUCUACUUCGCCAUAUAACACGCCUCCCUAUCACUUGCCCAUGCCGAGGUUUCAUGCACCCGAGGAUCUUUCACGAAACCCGGGACCGAAAGCUUUAGAUGUGUUGCAGCAGGCGGCCAAUAUGCAGUAUUAUGGAAGUCAUAAAAUUCACGAGCUGAGCGAAAGAGCCUUAAAGAGUCCAAACAGUAGUUCAAAGGCGAGCGUAUCUAGUCCGAACGUUUCACAACAAAGUGUAUCGAAUACAGUGAGCGGAUCGAAUAUUGGCGGAGGUCCAGGCAUGCUGCAACCAUCAGCAGGACCAGGAGGUCCAUUAAAUUUGCAACCUCCGACAGGAGCAAUGCCGCCCGGGAUUGGACCGGGCGGUGGAGUGGGCAUUGGUGGUCAGAAGGGUGAUGGAAAGCCCGGUACCGAUCCAUCGGGUAAAUCAGCAAUAGGGGGCGGCGCGAAUGAUAGUCGAAGUCCGCCGCCCCAAAGACAUGUUCACACACACCAUCAUACACAUGUUGGACUUGGCUACCCUAUGUAUACAGCACCCUAUGGAGCUGCUGUGCUAGCCAGCCAACAGGCCGCCGCUGUAGCUGUGAUAAAUCCAUUUCCUCCUGGACCGAAUAAGUGAGAACAACUAAAUGAUAAAAAUUCAUACAUGAAGUGACGAUAGUGAUAUUAAAAACAAAAAUUCUAUUUUUUAAUAAGUGGUUCUGUCGAGACAAAAGCAAAAUGAUAGAAGAAAAUUUAAAAUGCUUAACAACUUAUCAAAUUAUAACAUAUGAAUGUAUUUAAUCAUAUUACACGUGAAGAAAGAGCGAAAGAAGGCAAGGUUCGAAGAAACAGAAUAGAAGGCCAGCAAAUCGGUGCAGUGACGAAGCUCCAAAAAGACAGGAACAGUUUCCACACUUGUUUUCUUAUUACUAUUAUCAUUACAAAACGUACCAGUGUUUCAACCCGAGUGACAUUCACAAGAAACAAAGCGAGAGAUUAGUCUUGCAAUGCGGAUGCAAUUUUUGCAAUGUUUGUUAGUCGAUGUAAGCGAACGUAUAAAGUGUUUUCUUUUUAAUUCCGCGCGAUCAGAGAGGUUAUAGUAUGUAAAGUUGUCUCCGUAGCUUCUAUUCCAGCUUAGAGAAUGAAACGAAAAAGUAAAAAUGAAAUGAAAUGUUUAGCACGUAAAAGACUGAAAAGUUUUCAUAAUUAGAAGGAGCACAUUCAAGAGGCGUUUUCUAUAUGGAAAAUAAUAAAUGAUAUGAACGUGAUGCGUGAACGGAGAUAUGGGGUAAAUCACAUGUUGAUUGAAUUCGACAAUUUUUUCGGAUGUAUAUCAGGUUGGUUUUUGAUUUUUUUAGUAUCUUUUUACUUUUUUAUUAUAAUUUGACGAGAAAAUCAAAUACAUUUGGAAAAAUAACCCGGAAAGGUGUGGAAAAUGUAGGUAUUGCCUACUUGGAUGGCAAGCAAUUGUGCAAAGUGAAAAUUUCAACGUGGAGAAAAGUUUCACCUCGACUCCAUUUAUUAAGCGGGACCUUGAUGUCUAUCAUAGUUUUUCCAAAGCGAUAAACAACUAGUGGUGAUAUCCAGAAGAUACAUGACCGGCGAUGAUAUUUCAACUGUGAAAUGGCUGGUUCUCGUAUUAUCGUUUGCAUUUCAUUGAAAUGAAAGUGGUAUACACUAAGGAGAGCCUUGAAAUACUUUUCUUCAAUUAACAAUGGAGGAUUCUGCAUAUAUGAUGCCGGUCGUGUCAAAAAUGUCGAUAAAGUUUAUCCUGGAAACGUGCCACCAGCAACCAACUAUCUGUUUCUUCAUAAGCCUUUGUCCCGUUCAUCUAGAUUGGGUUCUCCAGUUUUCUCGGGCAUAUGCUUGUUCUGGAUGGAGCCAAAACGCUUUCAAAUCCCCAUCUAGUGCUGCUAACAUUGCUCAUCCAAAAAGUAAUCCUAAUAUCAAUGGUCAACCGGAAAUAAAAGGCGGUCUUUCUCCGAGAAAAGGUUGUUAAUACGACCCCAUACUCCGGAUUCUUUUUGUUUUCUUUUUCUUCAGCCUUUGUCUCCUUCACAAGUGGGGUCAGCUCGUCGUGAUUGAUUGCGCCAUUUUGUUCUAUCAAAACCCGCAUCUGGAUACAAUCCGGGAGGCUUUCAAACCCCCAUCCAGCGUAUCAAGCCACCAUUGUUUCGGCCGCCGUUUUGGUCGCUUACCAUCGACUUCGAUGGAAACUAAAAAGCAAAAAGAUCGCGUGCCCUUAGAGUAUUUCUAUGAAUUAAUAACAUUCUGCGACUUUUCUCGCAGCAAAUUAAUGCAUUUCCUUUGGAAUCCCUCCCAUUGUAAUAGCUCCUUGAAAUUUUCGUGAAUUCCUCCGACAUUGCCAAACCUUUGAUUGCACAAACUAUUCGACCUCAAAAAAUAAAUGUCCUGCAACAACGAAUGUGAAGAAUAAGGCAUCCUCCAGCAAUUUUCAUCUCACUCCACAAAAAUCUGCUUGAGUUUGAAACGCCAUGAAACGAUCCGGCUACGACCUCAACCAAGUUCGAAAUUAUGCAGCCGCAAGCCAACAGGCUUCGUAUCGACUUGAAUUGUUCAGAAACUGGUGGCGUUUGCGGUGAUUAGAUAGAAGAUAUGCACAAUAACGAUGGUACGACCUCGCGAUAGUCAACCUCCUUGCGAUUGACUAGUACGUUGGGCCGCUCUCAUUUGUACUGCUCACUAACGCCAUAGCCACAUCCAAAUCUAGUGAAAUGUUGAAUGUGAGAAUUUUAGCGGCUGCAUGAAUACUGCAAACGCGCCAUUCAAAUAUCAUCAAUGAAAUCGUUAUUUUCGACCGCAUCGAAAUCAAGCUGAUCCAUGUUCGUUUGCUGGAGACAAUUCUCGUUAAUUGAGUUUGCUUAAAGUACUUUGAACAUGUCAUCCCACUUGGACGCUCGCAUACUAGUAGAACACAAAUAACCGGGGUCGCGAGCGUGAUCAUUGUAUGUGGCAAGUGGAACCCACCCCAAUUAGUAGUUUAACUUGGAAUGACCUGUGACUUCAUCUUUCCUUUUUUCUGAAGCUACUUCGUCGUCAAUGGUUUACUUUUUGAAAAUCGAUUCAUUUUCCAAAGUGACGGAUCAGUGGACCGAAAAAAAAAUGGGAGAUAGUUUCUCCCCAAUUCGUAGGAUCCGAGUGAAUGCAGAUUCUCUCAAUGCAGAACAAAAGUGUAUUUGAUGUGGGUAGUUAGAAGGCCUGAACCAGGUGGUUUUGGCCCAAUAUAGUUCGCAUGGUUGCGAACAUAACAAGGAAGCCGCUAAUUACGUGGUUUGAACUAGUGACCACGAAUUUCGCGACUUCCGCAAAUGGCGGGACGAAGACAUUUUUUUCCUGCAUUUACCUGCUGUUUUCUAUGUAAUCGCAUCUGCCAACACUUUAGUUUUCAGGUUUUACACGUGUCCUGUUCACUCCUUUGUGGAAUAUAGAGCUUCCAUACAGGUAAGGUAGAAAAUAGGGACA